GGAGCUGGUCCAGGCUCCCUGGCUCGGCCCCGCCCCUCCGGCGGCUCGCCUCCGGAUUGGCCCGGGCGGGGGCGGGGCCCCGGAGCCCGGAAGUGCGGCUGACGUGUCCGGGGGCCGCGCUCGGAAUUGUGGGCGACUCGGCUAAUGGCGUCGGCGAGUCUGGGCAGCCGGGGAGGGCAUCGCUGAAGCUUCUGGCCAGCUCGGCCGGUGACGACGCCCGCCGUGGCCGGGCCCCGCGGCGGCGGGAGGGACCGGCACUCCUGGUGGGCUCCCGAGCCGGUGCCGGUGGAGCCUCGCGGGGCGGCACGGCGGCUCAGGCGGCGGUAGACGGAUCUCGGCGAGCAGCCGUCGGUGGUGCGGGGCGGCGGAGGGGGGACUCUCGGGCACGCCUCGGGGGCGCAGCCCAGGCCCGGCCGUGCGCCCGCGGAGCCCCGGGCUCGGGCUGCUGCGGAAGGCUGAGGGGCCGCCGGCUCGCUGCCCGCCUCCCCGGGAGCUGACAGUGCCAGCUAGCUUGGUCGUGCGGUUCCCUGAUCGCCCAGGACCUGGGGGGACCAUGUCCGGCACCAACAGCCCCGAGGCUGUGAAGAAGCUGCUGGAGAACAUGCAGAGCGACUUGCGGGCCUUGUCACUAGAAUGCAAGAAGAAAUUCCCACCUGUCAAGGAGGCUGCUGAAUCUGGAAUAAUAAAAGUUAAAACAAUAGCUGCAAGAAACACCGAAAUUUUGGCAGCAUUGAAAGAAAACAGCUCAGAAGUUGUGCAGCCUUUCCUAAUGGGGUGUGGCACCAAGGAACCGAAGAUCACUCAGCUAUGCUUGGCCGCCAUUCAGAGACUCAUGUCACAUGAAGUGGUGUCUGAGACUGCUGCUGGAAACAUAAUUAACAUGCUUUGGCAGCUGAUGGAGAACAGCCUUGAAGAACUUAAGCUGCUUCAAACAGUCCUUGUUCUUCUAACAACCAACACAGUAGUUCAUGACGAGGCACUGUCCAAGGCCAUCGUCCUUUGUUUCCGACUCCACUUCACCAAGGACAACAUCACAAACAACACAGCUGCUGCUACAGUCCGGCAGGUGGUGACCGUCGUCUUCGAGAGGAUGGUGGCUGAAGAUGAGCCACGCAAAGACAUGGAGCCGCCAGUGCUGGCCCAAGGAAACAGUAACAGGAGAUCUGUCAGCACCCUGAAGCCGUGUGCUAAAGACGCAUACAUGCUCUUCCAGGACCUUUGUCAGUUGGUUAAUGCUGAUGCCCCUUACUGGCUGGUAGGCAUGACCGAAAUGACUCGGACAUUUGGCCUUGAGUUGCUAGAGUCUGUCCUCAAUGACUUUCCACAAGUCUUCUUACAGCAUCAGGAAUUCAGUUUCCUCCUCAAGGAGAGGGUGUGCCCACUUGUGAUCAAGCUCUUUUCUCCAAAUAUAAAGUUCAGACAAGGCUCCAGCACUUCCUCUUCUCCAGCACCAGUGGAAAAACCGUAUUUCCCCAUCUGCAUGCGUCUGCUGAGAGUGGUGUCUGUUCUGAUCAAGCAGUUCUACAGUCUUCUGGUAACCGAGUGUGAAAUAUUUCUGUCACUUCUGGUGAAGUUUCUGGAUGCAGAUAAGCCACAGUGGCUUCGAGCUGUUGCAGUGGAGUCGAUACACAGGCUCUGUGUGCAGCCUCAGCUAUUAAGGUCAUUUUGUCAGUCGUAUGACAUGAAGCAGCACUCCACCAAGGUUUUCCGCGACAUCGUGAACGCGCUGGGCUCUUUCAUCCAGUCCUUGUUUCUCGUCCCUCCGACUGGAAACACCGCCACAGCCAACCAAGCUGGAAAUAACAAUGCUGGCGGUCCAGCCUCAGCACCAACUAGCUCAGGAGUGGUGGGCAUCGGUGGGGGUGCCACUCUGCUGCCAGCGUUCGAAUACAGAGGAACUUGGAUACCUAUCCUGACGGUCACAGUUCAGGGCAGUGCGAAAGCCACCUACCUAGAGAUGCUGGACAAGGUUGAACCUCCAACUAUACCAGAAGGCUAUGCCAUGUCUGUGGCAUUCCACUGUCUGUUGGAUCUUGUCCGUGGAAUCACCACUAUGAUCGAAGGAGAGUUAGGAGAGGCUGAAACGGAGUGCCCUGCUGUCCCUGAAGGAGCAAACUCACAGUCUUCAGAGCAUCAGGAUGUGCAGUCAGUGUCGGACCAGGCAGAUAAGGAGACAGUUAGCAGAGCUGUUUGGGAAGAGAUGGUGAGCGCCUGCUGGUGUGGUCUUCUUGCUGCGCUCUCCCUCCUCCUUGAUGCCAGCACAGAUGAGGCUGCCACCGAGAAUAUUUUGAAAGCUGAGCUGACUAUGGCUGCUCUGUGUGGAAGACUGAGCCUUGUGACUUCAAGGGACGCUUUCAUCACCGCCAUCUGCAAAGGCUCCUUGCCCCCACACUAUGCGCUCACCGUGCUGAAUGCCACCACUGCGGCUACCCUUUCCAAUAAAUCGUAUUCUAUCCAGGGCCACAGUGUCAUGAUGAUAAGUCCGUCUAGUGAAUCCCACCAGCAGGUUGUGGCAGUGGGCCAACCUCUCGCGGUGCAGCCUCAAGGAACAGUAAUGCUGACUUCCAAGAACAUCCAGUGUAUGAGGACUCUACUCAACCUGGCACACUGCCAUGGCGCUGUGCUCGGAACAUCAUGGCAGCUUGUCUUGGCAACUCUUCAGCAUCUUGUGUGGAUUCUGGGACUAAAGCCUAGUGGUGGUGGCGCCUUGAAGCCUGGAAGAGCUGUAGAAGGACCCAGUACAGUUCUAACAACAGCAGUGAUGGCAGAUUUGCCAGUGAUUUCCAACAUUCUUUCAAGGCUUUUUGAAAGCUCACAGUAUCUUGAUGACGUAUCUUUGCAUCAUUUAAUAAAUGCACUUUGUUCCUUAUCUCUAGAAGCAAUGGAUAUGGCCUAUGGAAAUAAUAAGGAGCCAUCUCUCUUUGCUGUUGCCAAACUGUUAGAAACUGGUCUAGUUAAUAUGCACAGAAUAGAGAUUCUAUGGAGACCUCUAACUGGCCAUCUGCUUGAGAAGGUGUGCCAGCAUCCAAACUCUCGAAUGAGAGAAUGGGGAGCAGAAGCCCUGACGUCCCUCAUUAGAGCGGGGCUGACCUUUAACCACGAGCCUCCACUUUCCCAGAACCAGAGACUGCAGCUGCUUUUGUUGAACCCACUAAAGGAGAUGUCCAGUAUUAACCAUCCGGAUAUUCGACUCAAGCAGUUAGAAUGUGUGCUGCAGAUUCUGCAGAGUCAGGGGGACAGUCUCGGGCCUGGAUGGCCUUUAGUUCUUGGAGUCAUGGGAGCAAUCAGAAAUGAUCAAGGAGAAUCACUAAUAAGAACUGCCUUCCAGUGUCUUCAGUUGGUUGUGACAGAUUUCCUACCAACAAUGCCUUGUUCUUGUCUACAGAUAGUUGUAGAUGUUGCAGGUAGCUUUGGACUUCAUAACCAAGAACUUAAUAUUAGCUUAACUUCAAUAGGCUUAUUGUGGAAUAUUUCAGAUUAUUUUUUCCAAAGAGGGGAAACUAUCGAAAAAGAGUUAAACAAAGACGAGGCAGUCCAGCAGAAGCAGGCGGAAGAGAAAGGAGUGCCUCUGAAUCGGCCAUUCCACCCCGCGCCCCCAUUUGAUUGCCUGUGGCUGUGUCUUUAUGCGAAACUGGGUGAGCUUUGUGUGGACCCGCGCCCCGCUGUGAGGAAGAGUGCAGGCCAGACUCUGUUUUCCACCAUUGGUGCCCACGGGACCUUAUUGCAGCACUCCACCUGGCCCACGGUUAUCUGGAAGGUACUCUUUCAUCUACUGGACCGAGUUCGAGAAUCUUCUACAACUGCAGACAAAGAGAAGAUUGAGUCCGGAGGUGGAAAUAUUUUAAUUCAUCACUCCAGAGACACAGCAGAGAAACAGUGGGCUGAGACGUGGGUGUUGACGUUGGCUGGGGUGGCACGAAUCUUCAAUACCAGGCGGUACUUGCUGCAGCCGCUAGGAGACUUUUCAAGAGCUUGGGAUGUUCUUCUUGACCACAUUCAGUCAGCCGCACUCAGCAAAAACAAUGAAGUGUCCCUGGCUGCUCUGAAAAGCUUCCAGGAAAUCUUACAGAUUGUGUCCCCUGUCAGAGACUCGGAGAAGCCUGAGACACCACCUGUAGUUAAUGUGCCCAUGCCUGUCCUUAUAGGAAGCAUUGCAGGCCCAGGCCUGAACAGGCCGUUUGUCAGAACAGAUUCCGUUGGAGAAAAACUUGGGAGAUACAGCUCUGAGCCCCCCGCGGUGACGGAUGAGCUUGAAGAUUUGAACCUCUGGUGGGCUGCCUGGAAUACCUGGUAUAGAAUUGGUUCUGAAAGCACAAAGCCACCUAUUACUUUUGAUAAGCUGACCUUUAUUCCCAGCCAGCCUUUCCUCACAGCUUUAAUUCAGAUCUUCCCAGCUCUCUACCAGCACAUAAAAGCUGGCUUCAACAUGGACGACUUACAGAAGUUGGGGGUCAUAUUGCACAGUGCUGUUUCGGUCCCGAUCAGCUCGGACGCGUCUCCUUUCAUCCUUCCGUCGUAUACUGAAGCGGUCCUAACAAGUUUACAAGAAGCUGUGCUUACAGCUUUAGAUGUUCUUCAAAAGGCCAUCUGUGUCGGCCCAGAGAGCAUGCAGACAAUGUACCCGGCUGUAUUUGACCAGUUACUGGCCUUCGUAGAGUUCUCCUGUAAACCGCCGCAGUACGGACAGCUGGAGACAAAGCACAUUGCAAACGCAAAGUACAAUCAGAUCCAACUAUUUGCACCGGCGGAAUGGGUAGCCUUGAAUUAUGUACCAUUUGCUGAAAGAUCUUUGGAAGUAGUUGUGGAUUUGUACCAAAAAACAGCCUGUCAUAAAGCAGUGGUGAGCGAGAAAGUCCUCCAGAGUAUUAUUAAGACUCUCAGGGUUCCUCUCAGUUUGAAGUACUCCUGCCCUUCUGAAAGCACAUGGAAGCUGGCCGUAGCCUCUCUCCUCAAAGUCCUUUCCAUUGGGCUGCCUGUGGCUCGACAGCACGCCGCUUCUGGGAAGUUUGACAGCAUGUGGCCAGAACUCGCCAGCACGCUUGAAGACUUCCUCUUCACUAAAAGCAUACCUCCAGAUAAUCUUUCCAUUCAAGAAUUUCAAAGAAAUGAAAGUAUUGACGUUGAAGUUGUUCAGCUUAUCAGUGCAGAGAUACUCCCAUACGCCAACCUUAUUCCUAAAGCAUUUGUGGGCCAGAUGAUGACCAUGCUCAACAGGGGCUCCAUCCAUUCCCAGUCAUCCUCGUUUACAGAAGCGGAGAUUGACAUCCGUUUGAGAGAAGAGUUCUCUAAAAUGUGUUUUGAGACAUUGCUGCGGUUUUCCUUCAGUAACAAAGUCACAACGCCCCAGGAAGGCUACAUCUCCCGGAUGGCGCUCUCGGUGCUCCUACGGAGGUCUCAGGACGUGCUGCGGCGCUACAUAGAGGACGAAAGGCUUAGUGGGAAGUGCCCUCUCCCAAGGCAACAAGUAACAGAAAUCAUAUUUGUAUUAAAAGCUGUCAGUACUCUCAUUGAUUCACUUAAGAAAACUCAGCCUGAGAACGUUGAUGGAAAUACCUGGGCACAAGUAAUUGCCUUAUACCCAACUUUGGUAGAAUGUAUCACGUGCUCAUCCUCAGAAGUCUGUUCUGCUCUUAAAGAGGCACUAGUUCCCUUUAAGGAUUUCAUGCAGCCACCAGCAUCCCAAGUUCAGAAUGGAGAAUCUUGACCAGCUGCAGUGGUGCGAAGGAAGAUGAUAUCCUAAGGAAUGUCGGCUCCUGGGGCGGCUACAAGAAGGACGUUUCUUCCAGAAGUAAUUCCUGGCAGCUGCUGUUUGUCUCUUUGAACUGAAGUAAUUAUCUGGUCAGUAAUUCAUAGAAAAGCAUCCAUGUCCACAAAGGCUCCUGGAGGAGUCGCAGCCGUAUAAUGAGUAAAUACUGAUGGGAGGGUAGUGAGUUCCACGUCAUACCUGCUACCACAUCUCCAGCUGGUGACUGAAAAGUGAGCUUAUGUACAGUGUGGUGUGCGUGUGUGUCAAUGGUGUGCUUUUUAAAAAGGAAGGCAAGAUACUUCCAUUCAGAUUUUUGAGGCUGGUGUUUUGCACCCUUUUUCAAGUACAGAAUUGUACUAAAGUUUUAUGCAAGGUGGUACUGUAACAUUCCAUAUUAUCUACAACCAGCCUUUGUGAACAAAGGGAACUGAUAUACUGUGUGUAUAAUAAAUGGUACAGUUCUGUAUAAAAUAGUUGCAUUUAUUUAAAAUUUAAAAAUAUUGAUGAUGUUUAAUGCUUGAAGCCGUAUUUAUUAUUAAUACAAAAUUAUUUGCUUACAUUUUUACUUCUGAUUUGCCUUCUUAUGGGGCAGAUAAGCUUAUGGUGUAAUCACACAGUUAGCUUCAUGCUUUUUCCGUGCAUUGUUAGUGACCUGUACACCUCUGACCAGAGGAUCAUGUGAACAUGCAGAAGUUAUGAUCUGCUGACUUUGCACCUUGGAAACACAGGUUGUAACGUAUUACACUGAGAUACAUUGUAGCACGAUGACCCAAUCAUACCUCAUUUCUUUAAGCCUCUCUCUAAGCUUUCACCUGUCUGUUUUUAUAUUUGCUCUCUGAAUUUUAGAGACUUCAUAUUUUAUAUUUCUGCUGGUUUUUCCUAUGGCAUUUGUCACUGUCUUCGAAUGACAAGGCAAGAUGACUUGAGAUGUCAUGAAACUUUGCCUGUGAGGUGUUUCAUUUCUGUGCUUCCUUUUCUGAGUUCCUUUCAAGAAGAGACAGCACUGGACUAGCCCACAGUAUCAACCACGCGUCACGGGCAAGCGAGUGAGCGGAGGCAGCCGGCAUUUCGCAGGGCAGUGAGUUUACUGUGGGAGGGCGAAGCACCCGCUGCCAUUAGGGAGCGAGCACAUGGUCUGUCUCUUACAAAACUGACUUUGACCUAGCUCACUCUAUUUUUUAUUUAAUUAAUUAUACCAUUGUAAUCUUUUUCUUCCAAGUUAAAAUUUCAUUUCACAGAUCCUGAAAACAUGAAAAAUACUGAAAACAUUGCUAUUAUUAAUAAGAAAUGAUAGUGGGUUGAUAUUAUUUUAUGCACUAGAAAGCUUUUGACUUUAACAAGAUUUAUAAAUUCUGGGCUGUCCAGAAUAAUCAUAAAACUAUAAGGAGACAUUAAAGUGGAGUAAUCAAUGAGAUACAAUUUUGAGGCUAUUUUAAUUAUAUAAUGAUUUAAUUUGCACUAUAUUCUGUAUACAUGUGGUAAGGCCUAUUUUGAAGGAGUAUUAUUUUUAUUCACAUGAAUUGAUGAAUUUCUAUUUUAUUAUUUCAUGUAAGGUUAAGGUAAAACAUGGUAUUUCAUAGACUGUGCUGUCAAUGUUUUCUUAAAGGUGUAAAAAAAUGA